AUGACAAAGUUAUUUUUGAAGACGUUGAGUCCGUUUUACUAUGAUCGGAUGGUUGCAAGUGCUCCCAGUGAUUUUGUCGGCAUGGUCAACAUGGGAAUGAGACUAGAAGAAGGUGUCUGUAAGGGGCGAUUGGAAGAGAGUGGUUCGUCUUAUAGUUCUAGAAAGUAUGGGAAUGGAGCACCCGAUCAUGAUAUUGAAAAUUGUUUCGCUUUGAAAGUCGAGGUGAGAAGAUUAAUGCAAAAUGGUAUUUUGUCUUUUGAAGACUCUGGUCCUAAUGUGCAAUCCAAUUUGUUGCCUAAACAUGGUGGUGCAAUUGUAGAUAUGGUCAAAGGAUGUCCUGGAAAGUACCGUGUUUUUGAUGUCAAUCUGAUCAGAAGAUCCUUGGUCGAUAUGCACACAACUUUGUGCGAGUUGAGCUAUUAUGAGCAUGACCAUGCUUCUUGCCAUAUUUGUUCAAGAAACCCUCGAGGGUGUGCUAUGGUGAAAAGAGAUUUACAAGAAAUGUUGGACCAGAAUCUUAUUCAGAUUACGAGAGAUAUGUAUGAAGAUGAACAUGAGUUGGUCAUUCGUUUGGCGGGUCAUACGCCCUAUGAAUCCGAUAAAGUUGUUCCUUACAAGUACAAUUCUACCAUGUUGGAAGAUGGUAAGGAGGUCCUUAUUCCUUCCUUUUCUUCUAUUAUGAACAUUGCUGGUGUAAGUGGUGUGACCCAAAGUGGUCGAGUAUUUGCUUCUGCAGCUCCUAAAAGAAUUGAAUAUGCUUCGUUGGGAAAUCAAGCUCAAGCAGAAACUCAUGUUGUGCAGUCUGGCCAGUCCAGCGGUUUGGACCAGAAGACUGAUCCAGAUGAAGUGUUGACUUUGAUUAAGAGAAGUGAAUUUAAUGUGGUGGAUCAGUUAUUGCACACCCUGUCCAAGAUAUCCGUCUUAUCUUUGCUGAUGAAUUCAAAAGCUCACCGAGAGGCUUUGCAUAAGGUCCUGGAGCAAGCCUAUGUGGAUCAUGAUGGGAGGAACCAUAAUUUGGCUUUACACAUCUCUAUGAAUUGCCAAGAAGACGCUUUGUCUAAUGUACUAGUGGAUAACGGCUCUUCUCUUAAUGUUAUGCCCAAGUCUACUAUGUCCAAGCUCUCUUAUCAAGGUGCUCCAAUGAGGUUUAGUGGGGUUAUUGUGAAAGCCUUUGAUGGCUCGAGGAAGACUGCAAUUGGAGAGUUGUCUUCUGGGUCAUCCAUGGAUUCACGAAGCUGGGACAAUACGUCAACUCUUUAUCAAAAGUUGAAAUUUGUGAAGACCGGAAAGUUAGUGAUUGUGGGUAGCGAGCAGGCCAUGUUAGUGAGCCAUCUCUCUUCAUUUUCAUACAUUAAUGUUGACAAAGUUGUGGGAACUCCGUUCCAAGCUCUUUCCAUUGAUGAUAAUGUUGUUAAGAAGAAGGGGUCAUCCACGACUUCUUUAAAAGACGCACAACAAGUUGUGGAGAAUGGUUAA